ACACGCCUCGAUCUCCCAUCUCUCUCCAUCACUCCAUCCCUCCAUCUCUUCUUCAUCUCCUCUCUUCACACUAGCUGCUCCUUCCUCUUCUAUUUCUCUCUCCAUCUCCAUGUAAGAAAGGAGGAACUUAACACACUUCAUACCAUAAGCAUGGCGGAGAAGGUGAUCAUGAUCUCCACGCUAAUCCUUAAGGUUGACCUCGCUUGCCACAAGUGCUACAAUAAAAUUCGCAAGAUUCUCUGCAAUCUCCAAGACCAGGAGAGGAUCACGACGAUCUCGUACGACACCAAGAACAACAUCGUCGUCAUCGCCGGCACGUUCGAUCCUCAGAGGCUUUGCUGCAGGAUCAGAUGCAAGGGAGGCAAGAUCAUCAAGGACAUCCACAUCGUCGACGCCGCCGGCGGCGGCAAGCCGGCGAAAAUGCCGGACUCGCCGCCGCCAUCACUACCGCCGCCGGUGAACACCGGCAAGAAGAAGUGGAAGAAGGACAAGCGCAAGGAAAUUCCGCCGCCGCCGCCGCUGGCUGAGACGCCACCGCCGAUGAAUGAGCGACCGCCGACGCCGCCGCCAGUACAGCCGCCUCCUGACAGGGAGACAUCGGCGAUGGUGCCGGCGAUCGUCGAGGAGGAGAAGCCGAGGGAUAGGGUGGCCGAGCUGGAGCCGCCGUCACCGCACAAGGAGAUGCCGCUGCCGCAGCCGACGACGAUGGAGAUGCCACCGCCGCCGGUCACGUGCACGCCGGUGGUGGAGAAGCCGAGGCCGCCGCCGUGCGCGAGGCCGUUCUACCCGGUGGACAUGGCGACGCCGACGAUGGUGGAGAUCCCGUCGUGGCCGGCGGCGCCCGCGCCGCCGUCGUGCUGCGCGCCGCCGCCGUGCUACCAGGGGUGCUACGAGGGGUGCAGGUGCGGCGGCUGCGGCCGCGUGUACGGCUACUCCGUACCCAGCGCCAGGCCGCCGCCGCUGCUGCCGCCGCCGUGCUACUCCGGCGGCGGCGGCGGCGGCUACACGCCGUACUGCGGCGGGUACAGCGGCUGCCGCCUCGUCAACGAGGAGGACCCGACGGCUUGCGUCAUCAUGUGAUCUCGCUACGUCAUCAUUUCUCUCUGGAAUUUCAGUAGCGUGACGGCGUCUAUAUAUGUCCAUUGGAGCUCAGUAGAUUUGCAUGCUUGCAUACCGUGAUUUGCAUUGGAAUUCAGUAAUUAAUUAAGGCAGUAAUUUUUGCACAGAUUGAAUGAUCAUUACCGUCGGCUUGAAGCUGAACCGUUGAACAUUUCACUAUCUAUCUAUCAAUACUAUUUUUGUACAGAUUGGUUACUGCUUUUCUGCCAAGUGUCAAUGUCAGAGAAUUCAUCA